CAGUUUAUUAUGACAGGAGAUGAUAAACUAAGGGUGCUAAAGUACAAAAGAAUCUGAUGAGAGAAUAGGUGAGGAGUGAUGGUUCAGAAAUCCUAUCUUUCAUCAUCAAUGAGACUACAACAUCAUGGUAGAGUAAAGCCAUAACUAGCUAGUGAUUCCCGUGACACUUCCCUCUGCACAAAAGUUAACAACCCCUUACCUUACCCAACAAAACCUCUGCUACACUCUAUCACCCUCUCACCCUCUCUACCUCUGGUCCAUCACUUCUCAGCAACAACAUUGGUGCACUUUUGAAGGACACAAUGCAAGGUUCAACAGGGUCAUUAUUGAAGCAAUUGAGUGUGAAAGAGGCUUGGAAAUCAACAUCAAGUAGGUGGGGUGGGAAGGAGAAGGGGUGUGAAGCUAGUUUGAGCCAAAUGGAAGGUUUUUCCAUGUAUGGGAAUGAGGACAGUGGAAUGGUGGGGAAAAAGAGAGUGAUGGUGGUGGUGGAUCACACUUCACAUUCCAAGCAUGCAAUGAUGUGGGCACUCACUCAUGUAGCUAAUAAGGGUGAUUUCCUCACUUUGCUUCUUGUUCUACCUCCUCAUAAGCCCUCUCAAUCUUCCUCCUCUGCCUUUCUGGUCAAUCAUCUUGCUUCCCUUUGCAAAGAUUGCAAGCCAGAGGUGGAAGUGGAAGCACUUGUGAUCCAAGGACCAAAACUGGCCACAGUGAUGAGUCAAGUGAAGAAGCUGGAGGUUUCAAUCUUGGUAUUGGGCCAAAAAAAACCCUCUCCUCUUCUUAGCUGUAAAAUGCAGAGUGAUAAACUAAUAAUUGAGAAAUCGAUGACUUGUGUGGAAACAACAGUAUAAGCAGCUCAGAGGAGUUUGCUGAGUACUGCAUCAACAAUGCAGAGUGUUUGGCAAUUGGAGUGAGGAAGAGAAGUCAAGGCAACAAUGGAUACCUUAUCAGCACAAGGUGGCAGAAGAACUUCUGGCUACUGGCUUAGAUCCUGAGCUUCUUCACUUUAGUUGCUAGUAGUAGCUAUAGUUAGGAUCUCACAAAAACCUUCAAAUGCUCAAAAUUAACACAAUAAUGUGUGCCUUCUGUUCCAGUUCUAACUUCAUUCUCUUUGUGCUAGUGAAAUGACUCGGUGCAUCCAUUUACAAAUACUACAUGAUUAUAUGAUUAGUUCAACAUGAUUGUGA